GGUUUACAAGCCCUAGCUCGGGGGAAAGAUCUUCGCGGCGCCAUUCUUCUCCACUGAUCUGCGCGAUCGACAUUCCCGGGUAUGAAAUCCUCCUCCUGUUCUUGAGGAGCGGGUGAAAAGGAUUAGUGUAAUGCCGCAUUGGAGCUCCUGACACGGGAUUGUGAUCGGGGGACUGGUCGUGAUCCAGCAGCUGAGGGAUCGCCAUAGCCGUCGGAAGAAUGGAGAGAAUCUCGGUAGCGAUCCGUGUGAGACCUCCAUCGAAGGAGGAGCUCGUCAAAGGGAAUCAUUGGGUUGUUGAGGAACAGGAAAAGAAGCUUUCACUGUGCAACUGCUAUGGAGCGCCACUCUCCGGCUACACUUACGCUUUUGAUCAAUUGUUUGGAUCGAAUUCUAAGAACUCUGACGUCUACGACAUCCAUGCCAAAGAAGUUGUCAUUUCGGCAUUGCAAGGAUUUAACGGAACUGUGUUUGCGUAUGGGCAAACAAGUAGCGGGAAGACUUACACGAUGCAAGGUUCUGAUAGUCAUCCUGGUAUCAUUCCUUUAGCUAUCCGAGAUGUUUUUGACAGCAUAUCCCAGAAUUCUAGCAGGGAGUUCCUAGUUCGCGUUUCUUACAUGGAGAUUUAUAACGAAGAGAUCAACGACCUCUUAGCUCCCGAGAACAGGAAACUACAAAUACACGAGAAUUUCGAGAAGGGGUUGUUUGUUGCUGGACUCAGAGAGGAAAUUGUUAACAGUCCUGACCAAGUAUUUGAUUUCUUAAAGCUUGGAGAAGCACAUCGUCAUUUUGGUGAGACGAACAUGAACAGUUACAGUAGUCGAUCUCAUUCUAUAUUUCGAAUGGUCAUUGAAAGCAGGGACAACAACAGAAAUACGGACUCUGUUCGAGUGUCUACUUUGAACCUGGUAGAUCUAGCCGGUUCUGAACGUGUUGCAAAAACAGGAGCUGGAGGAGUUCGACUUAAGGAGGGACAACACAUCAACAAGAGUCUCAUGACUCUUGGAACUGUUAUCAAUAAGCUCAGCGAGGGUCCAGGAAAAGGAGGUCAUAUACCGUACCGGGACAGCAAACUGACGCGCAUUCUUCAAUCCGCUUUAGACGGUAACGCAAAAACGGCUAUUAUUUGUACCAUUACACCGGAUGAGAUACACAUAGACGAAACAAAGGGAACGCUUCAAUUUGCCUCGAGAGCGAAAAAAGUUGCAACAUGCGCGCACGUCAAUGAGAUACUCACUGAUGCAGCUCUUCUUAAGCGGCAGAAAAAAGAAAUUGAAGAGCUUCGUGAAAAGUUGUUGGGGCUACGUUCGGAUGAUUUCGAAAAACAACUUUUAAAUCUACGCAACGACUUGCUGAAGUACGAAUUGGAGAAGGAGAAACUUGCGCUGGAGCUAGAAGAGGAGAGAGCAGCCCAGCUGGAUCGUGAAAGGAGAAUAAAAGAGCAAGAACAAAAGAUUGAAAAUCUGAGCUCUUUAGUCUUAAGUUCAGCAGCUCGAGAUGAUUAUUCGAAUGCUAUGAAGAUGGUUACUCGCCGAGAGACAUGGUCCCCGCAACAAGGGAUUUUGGACGCAUCAGCUAAGGAAUGCUUUCGGAGCCCUUUAACACGUUUGGACAGCUCUCGAAUCUCUACUAGGCGGGAUAGAGGCAGAGUAGUCACACCUUUACCUGCAUUUGAAUCCCUUCUCGAAAAAAAUGCUGAUGAUCUUUGGGAGGUUCAAAGUACACCAUUUCCGUCGCAUUCUCGUGACGAACAACAAACAACGACCAAGGAGAAACCAAAUGUUGCCGAUGAAGAUGCAUGGACGCGCCUAAACCAAGAACUCGAUGACGACUGGGCAACUUUAAACACAGAAGACCAAGCAGUUCCGUCUACGUCAGAGUACACACCUUGUGUAAAAUCCGACGAGACCGAGCUUAUGGAGUUUCAGGUAAAGGAACUACAGCUCCAGCUUGAAGAGCUUCAAUCCCGCUUUGAUUCAAAGAGUGAAGAAGCAGCGGACGCGACUAGAAAGCUAAAUGUGCUACUCGAUAGCAAUAGCGAGAUUAACAGAAAGGUGGAAUAUUUUCGGUCAGAAAACAAUCGCCUUCGUGAAUGUAGGACUUUGCAGGAGCAACAGCUUAAUGAAAUUAUAACAAAAAACCAGCAUCUCAACCAGACAGUGGCUGACUUACGGAAAGAAAAUAGUCGUCUAGAAAGUGAGCUAAAACAGCUAAAUGCGUGUAAUCUUCGUCAGAAAGAGGAAAUGGACCAGCUGGCGGAAGAAAAUGUACGAAUUGGCAGUCGCUUAACUACUACCGUGACCGAAAACACUGUUCUCUUGGAGAACAAGGGACGCUUGGAUUCUCUACUUAAAUCUGCGAAGCUUGAGGAACAUGAAACAGCAAACAAGCUCGAUGAGCUGGAGAGAAAACACAGCCAGAACAAACAAGAGCUAGACGCAGCCGUGGAGCAAAAACAACUACUUGAGGAGAAGCUUUUCGCUCAGGAAGAGAAAUACAAGACACAGCUCCAUGAACUGAUGAACACGAACACGGAGCUUCAAAGGACAAACGAGCAACUGAAAUCGUCCGCCUCCUUGCGGGAAGAAAACUACAACACUGAGCUCCAAAAACUCUCAGAUAAAAAUACCAGCCAUCACAAAAUCCACAAAGAGUUGGAGCAGUCGAUGAAAUUGCAGGAAGAGAAACACAAGCAGGAGCUCAAAGAUCUCUCCCGCACGAACAGCAAGCUUUUGAAAGCCAACAACGAGCUCAAACUCUCCCUGGAGGCCGAGGAGCGAAAGGCAAAAAACGAGCUACAAAUCCAAAACGAUUGCAUGGAACAAUCCAUCGCACGCAAGGAAUCGCAGCUCCGCGAACUAACCGCCAAGCUCUCAGCCCUGGAGUCGAGCAGCAAAGACGAGCACGAGGCCCUGAUUGAGAGCCUCCACAUGUCCAACGCUCACAUCUCGAUGCUGGACGAGGAUCUCCGGCAGGCGAGGCAAGAGAGGGACGAUCUGGCGGCCAAGGUGGGUGUCCAGGCCCAGCAAAACCAGGAGCUCCUUGUCUCGAUGAAGCUGGAGAGGCUCCGCGUUGCGCAGGAGCUGGGGAGCUAUCUGGGCGCCCUGAGCUUCCAGCAGGACAGCCUCUCUACGAUUUGCUCGGGCAUCAGCAGCAUUGUCCGCGCCUAGAGAGUUCGAUCCCUAGGAUCUCCUCGUUCUUACCAAUUGAUCCACUGAUCCUAUCAAGAUUUAAACUUUUCCGCGCGAAAGCUUAAUUUGAUCGCGCGAAAACCUUUUAAUUUGAAUAUUAGGGUUUGUGAAGUCUUCU